AUGGACGACCUCCUUCUAUCCGCGGCGUCCCCCUACGAGCCCUCGUCAACUCUGCCGUCGUCUCCGUUGACUGACCUCUCUCGCACCCCGUCGCCGCCUUCGUCGCCCGUACGGUCUUCCCCCGAUCCUCCAACGCGGUAUCCUUCACCCAGCAUGACCUCUCAGUCCGGCUGCACAACACCACGGAAGACACAUCACUACGACGCGCCUAGGGACCCCCACAGACGUGGUGAUAGCCCCCCCCCGGCCAAGAGAAGACGUGUACAGACACCCCGGCCGCGAAUGACACGCCAUGUCGAUCUAGCAAACCCUACGCCAGAAUCUGAAGAGGAAUUGAGCCAUCUUAUCCAGGCUCUUCAGAAGAAGAAGAAGAUUGUUGUCAUUGCCGGAGCUGGAAUCUCCGUUUCUGCCGGAAUUCCUGACUUUCGGUCAUCUACUGGCCUUUUCACAACUCUGCGAGAACAACAUGGCAUCCGAGCCUCUGGAAAACACCUGUUUGACGCUUCCGUUUACAAGCAUGACGCUUCUACCUCUUCCUUCCACGCCAUGGUUCGCGAACUCGCCCAUCUGACCCAAAAGGCCCGUCCGACAUCUUUCCACCACAUGCUGGCCUCUAUUGCUACUGAGGGCCGAUUGAUGCGUCUGUACUCACAAAAUAUCGACGGCAUCGACACGGCUUUGAAGCCUCUGAGCACCACAGUCCCACUGAAUUCGAAAGGUCCUUGGCCAGUCACCAUCCAGCUGCACGGCGGUUUAGAGAAGAUGGUGUGCUCCAAGUGUGGCAAUCUCGAGUCGUUUGAUGGCUCUCGUUUCGACGGUCCUGAACCGCCGGAGUGCGACGAGUGUGCCGAAAUAGACAAGCUGCGCACGUCGUUCGCCGGGAAACGCAGCCACGGCAUUGGUCGCCUCCGACCACGUAUCGUUUUAUACAACGAGUACAACCCAGACGAGGAGGCCAUCGGCAACGUGUCCAGGGCCGAUCUGCGUCGUGGUCCCGAUGCGGUGAUUGUUGUCGGUACCAGCCUCAAAAUCCCCGGUGUACGGCGCCUUGUCAAAGAGCUGUGUCAAGUCACCCGAAGUCGCCGUGACGGAAUGACGGCUUGGAUCAAUGUCGACAACGAGCCUCAGGGUGCCGAGUUCAAGGAAUGCUGGGACACUAUUGUGCGUGGCAGUUGCGACGACAUUGCCCGUCUCGCGAACCUGCGGCCGUGGGACCAGCCCGACGAUAUUGGCAGUCCCAGCAAAUGGCUGCUUGCUGGCUAUGAAACCCAUGCUGACAGCAAGCUGGAGGUUGUUCUAGAGUCAUCACCACUUAAGAAGUCCCAGAACAUUCUCGGCAACCAAAUAGUGAACGGCAUCAAAGUGGAAGAAAGCGCGGCAGAAGAGAAGGCAAAGAAGGCACACACUUCGUCACCUAUUGAGUCCAUCCCGACUCCGAUCCCGAGCCCGAAGCCAGCAAGAAAACGGCUUCCAGAGCAACGGAAAGCCAGCUCGGCACAACAAAGCCAGCUACCGUUUCAACAGAUCAGGAAGUCAGACAAUGGGUUGAUGGCAACAAAGGGGGUCGAGUCGAAAGAGGAUACGAAACCCGCUGUGGAGUCUUUGGCAAAAAGGAAAGGAGGGCUCAGCUCUUCGGCCAAGCCGCCGAAGAAACAACGGCAACCAAAGGGCAAGAAAGACGCCAAACCCUCCAAAAUCAACAUCGCGACAAACUUCCGGAAGACGAAGAACACCUCGGACAGCACCCUGCUUUUUAAAACACGGAAACCUCUUCCUAUUGGCAAGCCAAAGCAACAAGAUGACGACAUCAACCAUGUGAAGUGGGAUGGCCUUGGCUGUGUGGUGGCGCCGGACGCCCCAACGGUUUCCCGGCCGACAUCGCCAACUGAACUACAAACGGCAGGGCUGACAAUCUCGCCGAAAUCCAAACCUCAUGGCAUGGCGCAGUUCAUUGAUUGA